AACAUCGGCAGCCCGUUAUUAAAGAAAAUACACGUGCGCUCAUUGACAGAGUUUGUGUAAACAUAAACACAAACGUCUACACGACCUAUAUGUUGCCCCCAAACCAGAAAAAGCUGAUUUUAAGGACCACAGCACUUGCAGCGUUAUGGUGAUUUAAAAAAAGCACAUAAUUUAUAUGCAUUAGCGCAAUAAGCCACACACACUAACCACUGAGAAAUCACGUCAGCUGCUGCUACAAUGGCGAUAUGAAAACAAGGCAAUUCUCUGUGGCGACCACCCACACGCACUGAGGGAGUCAGCUAGGAGAGAGGGAGUUGAAACUGGGGUGGGAGGAGGACGCCAUUGCAGCUGGCCGUUUGUGAUUCGGCUGAGGAGGGACAAACGUUAAACUUAACAAUGUCGAGGGGGCUUUCAGGGAUUUUUUCAGGCUCAACCCCCAGUGACUGGAUUAUAGUGUGAAAACGGACAAGUAGGAUGGACUGUUUUUGUUUGUGGAGGAGAAAAUGUGGAGCGACACCGCGGAACCGAAGCAGUUUCCUACCAUUCCCUCACCUGUCUGGUGGCCCAGUCUCUCACCAUGAACACCAGUAGGAACUGCACCACGGCAGCAAAUGGUGGGGGUCUGGCUGCUUUGGAGUCAGUCUCCAUCGUGACCAUCACACUCCUCGCCUGCCUGGGGAACUUCCUGAUUGUGGUAACCCUGUAUCGCAGGCCUUACCUGCUCACACCCAGCAACAAGUUUGUGUUCAGCCUGACCCUCUCCAACCUGCUGCUGUCCAUGCUGGUGCUGCCGUUUGUGGCCGUGAGCUCGGCAAAGAGAGAGUGGGUGUUUGGGGUGGUGUGGUGUAACUUCACUGCCUUGCUCUACCUGCUGAUCAGCUCUGCCAGCAUGCUCACCCUCGGCGCUAUUGCCAUUGACAGGUACUACGCAGUGCUUUACCCGAUGAUCUACCCCAUGAAGAUCACAGGAAACCGGGCAGUUGUCGUCAUCACCUAUGUGUGGUUACACUCUCUGGUGGGCUGUGUGCCUCCUCUGUUCGGCUGGUCCACCUUCGAGUUCGACUGCUUCAAGUGGACCUGUGUCGCGUCUUGGCACAGAGAGCCGAGCUACACUGCCUUCUGGGUCACUUGGUGCACCCUUCCCCCUUUUUUCAUCAUGUUUGCCUGUUAUGGUGUCAUUUUCCGAGUAGCCCGCAUGAAAGCCCGGAAAGUACACUGUGGGACAAUUGUUGUGGCCCAGGACGACUCCACUGGAGCUCAGAGGAAUGGACGGAAAAACUCAAGCACCUCAACUUCCUCUAAUGGCAGCCGGCGGAGCCUUGUGUAUGCAGGUAGUCAGUGCAAGGCCUUUGUCACCAUCUUAGUGGUGAUCGGCACCUUUCUCGUGACCUGGGGGCCGUAUGUCGGGGUGGUGUGUACCGAGGCUUUGUGGGGAAAAGGGAGUGUGUCUCAUGGACUGGAGACUUUGGUAGCUUGGCUGUCUUUCUGCAGUGCGGUGUGCCACCCACUCAUCUAUGGUCUGUGGAAUAAAACGGUGAGGAAGGAGCUGCUGGGGAUGUGUUUUGGAGAUCGCUACUACAGAGAGUCAUUCGCCACUCGGCAAAGGACAUCCCGCCUCUUCAGCAUCUCCAACAGAAUCACAGACUUAGGUAUGUCCCCACACCUGACAGCCAUGCUGGCCGGCGGAGGUCAUCUGCUGGCUCCAGGAAGCAGCACAGGAGAUACUGGCUUCAGUUUCACUCAGGACUCAUGCACAGACGUGAUGCUGCUGGAUAACUUCUCCACAGAUGGCUCCUCCCACCCACAGCAUCAUGGGAAUCCGUCCGGGAAGAGGAGGAGCUCGGUCACCUUUGAAGAUCAGGUGGAGCAUGCCAAAGGUGAACACACGAACACAUCCUCGGUUCAAGUCCACGCAGAGGUACACAAAUCUCUCGACACCUUUGCCUCCUGCCUGGCCAAAGCUAUAGAGAGUGACGCUAAGCUCACCCUGUUUGGGGAGGAUCUGGGUCUGCCGGGUGGACUGUUUAUGACCAGGGCAACGCCAAGACCCAGAUACCUGGACGGUCAGAGACUGAGGCUGGAAAGUAUCGAUGAAGGGAUCGUCAAAGAUGACCGAGAGGAAGAAGAGCAGGAUGUGGAGGAAAAACCAGCCUGAGCACAGCUGGGCUGCUCGUUUGUUGGACAUGCUUAUAGGCCGAAAACUCAGUUUAUUAGUGGACUGCAAGGGUUUCACACCCUUUCAGAGUGGUGCUCCUCACGGUCUGUGGUGCAGUUUAUGAGGUCUGAUCUGUACACAUGGGCACUCCAUACUACAGGAAAACAGGAAAAGGCACAUUAUUCAUUCCACUAUGUUGGACCAAGUGUCAGUGUCUUUGCAAGCUUUUGUAUGAAUUUUUGUAAUCAAGUAGGAACCUUAACUACUGUAACCUAAAUGAUCUGAUUGUAGUAGGAAUUUGUUUAUUGCUAUAUAUUAUUGCAUGUCCUCUGGGCAGUAAAAAAAGAAAUGCCGUCGUUUCUAUCUUCCAAAAGACUCGUAACACUGUUGUCAAUCACUUUAAAAUUCCUUCAUUACAUUAAGAACGUACGUUUCAAACUCAAAUUCUCCCUUUUUCAGGACAGAGACAAAGAGCCAGUUUGUGCUUGUUCUGCACACCGAUGGUCCACAUACACAGGUGUUUCCUCUUAUGCCUGAUUAGAUAGACCUCUUUGUGGACUGUGUGUACAAACUGAACUUUAUUGACACUGUUAGCUUUGUUGCAACCGUUUGGGACAACUUGUACCUUUUAUCAGUCUUAUUGAUACAUGGUGACCUCACAUUAUUUCCCAACAUAGCCCCACCCACCUUCAGCCUGAUGUUGCAUUCCCAUCAUAUGGGAUGGAUGAGAAAGAUUCCCAUGUUUUAUUUUUUAUUGACAAUAUAACACCAUGUCGGUUGCAUUGUUUUAAUUUCCUUGAAUGACAGACUUCGGCUUAUGUGAGGUGCCUGUAUUUGUGUUUCAGAUACUGUAGUAUUAAGUGCAAAGUCAGAAAAAUCUCUGUCAUAAUUACGACUGGGAUGUUGAUGUGAACAAGUUGGACCCUGUUAAAUAUGACAACUUUAAAAUGACAUGAAGGAGAGGUCUGAUCAGCCAGAAUUAGUGAAAACACCUGUGCAGGUGCGCAAAAGACAUUUUAAAAGGAGCAGAUAACAGAGUUGUGAGUCCUUGGGGUGACAGAAUUCAGUUUGGACUUUGGCAUGUGGAAAAGAUUUGUUGUUUUCACAGAGAUUGUUUAAAGGAGUUACAGUAAGCAGAAGUCCUUCUUUUGAAAUUGACUGUAAAUCGGUUUUACAUUUACAUAUAUUCACAAUCUUUCUGAAAAAUGUAGACGGAGGAAGAACACCUUUUUCACAGGAGACAUUUUGACAUGUCACCGUAGGAAAAAUCACAGAUAUAAAUAGUAAAAUGAAUGAUGGUUGAAUUCCAUUUAGCUGCUUCAGUUUCAAGGUCCUGGUUUUGUGCAUGCCAGCUCACUGUCCUGGCACACUGGGACACUUGAGGUUAAUAGUAGCACCUGCACUUCUCCUACUAUGACAAGUCAAGAUGUGUGCUGUGAAAAUGAUUUAUUUAUUUUACUCAAUUUCUUACAGGUAACAAUGUAUCUGUGUUUAUUAGCUCUGCAGUACACUGAUGCCAUGUCCAAGGGUUAUUUUUGAAUGAUACCCCAGUGCACGCUGGGAUAACAUCUCAACCAUGACCCUCAAUAGGAAUUAAUUGAUCUAGGAAAUCAAUUUCAAAAUUGUACAUCAUAAUUUAUGAUAAGGUCUCAAAAUGAUUUUAGUAUAUUACAGGAUGUGUAUGAGAGCGUCGUCGUCUGUUGGCCAACAUUUGUACUAUUGAUAAUGUGAUGUGUUCCUUAUUGUGUAUGAGAAACAAGGACAGUCCUGAUAUUUCAUGAUUACCUGCAAAAGUAGUUGCACUUGAACACCUGUUCUCAUAGAAACCACUUUCAUUGUCAGAUUAUUACUGUUUGGUAUAAUGACCAAAGUAAAGCAGUAGAUUAGCAGUGAGGUACUGAGUAUCAAUCAAAUGAUGAAGUUCAAAUUAGGUCAUUUGGAGACUGACUUAUCAGUAUUUCAAGAUUGCUAUAUUAAUUAAAAUUCAUCAACAAGUGUCCGCAUGUCAUAAUAUUGCAUAUUAGUGCAACACGAUCAAGUCAGAAAUAAAUGACUGUAUGUUGCUAUAUUGAUCAUUGGAAGUUAACUUAGGUGUCGAAUUACAGGACAAUUUCUGUCUUAAGGAAAAACUUUACCUACAACACUGUGUCUUAGAAAAAUAUUCAUUGGUACAUGUGGUUUACCUCAGUUUAUACACUCCACCGCUCCCUUUAAGGAACUCAGAGGACUUGUAAAAAGUAGAGCACAAUUCUGUUGCUUCAGUCUUACCUCGUACCUUCAUAUUGUGAUUGAAUGGUACUACAGCUGAAAAGUGAUGUAAUCUUUGGAUUUAAAGUAAAUAUUAAUACAAAUAUUUGCAUCUAAGUUUUGUAUCAAGAUUCUCCUAUUAAAACUUUUUUAUUUCAUAAA